GGGAACCGGCUCCCAGUGCCGGCAGGCCUAAGUCCCGACAGCCGGGGCAGCUGCCCCUUUGCUCCCCGCCCGCCUGCCUGCGCCCGGCCCCGCAGGACCGGCCCGCUCUGCCCGGCGGGGGAGGUGGGAGGAGACGUGGGAAGGACUUGGGUUGCCACUACAAAUCUGGUGACAGACCCGCCGCCGGCACAUGGCGCUCAGCGCUUCCCGCCCCGCGCUCCGCAGUUGCAGAUUGAAAUGCCAUGGACAAGAAAUAGUUUGGAUGAUGUGUUUUGACAGCAUAGCUCUGCAAUUUCAGUUUUAACAAUGGAUAAGUGUAAGCACAUAGGACGUCUGCGACUGGCCCAAGAUCACUCCAUUCUCAAUCCUCAGAAAUGGCAUUGUGUGGACUGCAAUACUACCGAAUCCAUCUGGGCAUGCCUCAGCUGCUCACAUGUGGCGUGUGGAAGAUACAUUGAAGAACAUGCACUAAAGCACUUUCAGGAGAGCAGUCACCCGGUGGCGUUGGAAGUCAAUGAGCUGUAUGUUUUCUGUUAUCUCUGUGAUGAUUAUGUUCUUAAUGAUAAUGCAACUGGUGAUUUAAAACUGUUGCGAAGUACAUUAAGUGCAAUCAAGAGUCAGAACUAUGAGUGCACUACUCGAAGUGGGAGGACUUUGCGUUCUAUGGGUACAAGUGAUGAUUCUUACCUUUCACAUGGUGGUGCCCAAGCCUUGCUUCGUAAUGAAGAUCGCAUGUUCACAGCUCUUUGGCACCGACGGCGUGCGCUCCUGGGGAAAGUAUUCAGAUCCUGGCUUGAGGUGACACCUACUGGAAAAAAGAUUUUGGAAGAAGAAAGGCAUCUGGAAGAAGAAGAGGAAAGAAGGGAGAAAGCUAGGAAGAGGAGACAAGAACGGAAGCGUGAGUUGAAAGCAGAGAUGGAAAAGAUGCCUCCAAGAAAGAGCAGUCGUUUACAAAAUCAGAUUAGAAUGUCCUCAAAAUCAGCACCCUGCCUGCAAAAAACAUCACGGAAUGCAAAAUCUGCAGCAGAGUUGAAAGAAACCUAUACCUCAGAUGAAAUAAGAUUGAGUAAAACAAGUGACUCUCCAAUGAAACGAAGGCCCACGGUGACUCCAGGGGUAACAGGACUGAGAAACCUGGGCAAUACUUGCUAUAUGAAUUCUAUCCUGCAGGUAUUAAGUCACUUACUUAUUUUUCGAGAAUGCUUUUUAAAGCUUGAUCUCGACCAAACUCAGGAACUGCUGGCAACAGCAACCAAUGGCAAAACCAGAUCUUCAACUAAACACCUGUCAAUAGCUGCCUCAGCAUUACGUGUGAAUGAGAACCAAGAGAAAAUAAAGGGAUUAUCUUCUGUGAGGAGGCCUAGUUUAUCCUCUGGAUUAAGUGGAGGAGCAUCAAAAACUAGAAAUAUGGAACUUAUUCAGCGCAGGGAGCCCAGUUCAAAGCAUAUUUCUCUCUGUCAUGAACUGCAUACUCUGUUCCAAGUUAUGUGGUCUGGCAAGUGGGCACUGGUGUCUCCUUUUGCCAUGCUUCAUUCUGUGUGGAGGCUAAUUCCAGCCUUCAGAGGAUAUGCUCAACAAGAUGCUCAGGAAUUUCUUUGUGAACUUUUAGAUAAAGUGCAGCAGGAACUGGAGACUACGGGGACCAGAUACCCAGCUCGCAUCCCUGCUUCUCAAAGAAAACUUAUAAAACAGGUUUUGAAUGUGGUUAACAACGUUUUUCAUGGACAGCUGUUAAGUCAGGUUACAUGCCUUACCUGUGACAAUAAAUCAAAUACAAUAGAACCUUUCUGGGACCUGUCCCUGGAGUUUCCUGAGAGGUAUCACUGCAACGGCAAGGAGAUGUCAUCUCAGUACCCAUGUCUGCUGACAGAAAUGCUGGCCAAGUUUACAGAAACAGAAGCUUUGGAAGGAAAGAUCUAUGCAUGUGAUCAGUGCAACACAAAACGAAGGAAGUUUUCUUCUAAACCAGUUAUACUCACAGAAGCUCAGAAGCAGCUCAUGGUGUGUCGACUACCUCGGGUUCUCAGAUUACACCUUAAACGGUUUAGGUGGUCAGGACGCAAUCAUCGUGAGAAGAUUGGUGUACAUGUUAAUUUUGAUCAAAUGCUGAACAUGAAGCCCUACUGCUGCAGAGAAUCUCUCAAGUCCCUCCUGCCCGACUGCUUUAUCUAUGACUUGUCUGCUGUGGUAAUGCAUCAUGGGAAAGGAUUUGGCUCUGGGCACUACACUGCCUACUGCUACAAUUCAGAAGGAGGAUUUUGGGUACACUGCAACGAUUCGAAACUCAACAGGUGCACUAUGGAAGAAGUAUGCAAGGCUCAAGCCUACAUUUUGUUUUACAGCCAACGACGUACUCAGGCAAACGGACACGGUAAAGCACCUUGUCCUAGCAAAGCUGAAAGCCAGCAGCACGUAGAAUUAGCUGACUGUUCCAUGGUCAACAGUAUCAGCUAAUCCAAAGCCAGUUAACUGUAUGGUAAAAGGUUGAAUUGUCCUAACUAUAUAUUUUUAAAUGAAAUGGAAGUACAGCAUUGUACUUUUUUUUACUUUGGAUCUGUGUACAAUGUUAUAUACUUUUGCAUUAGUUAAAGUACUCUUUACAAUUGUUAGUAAAAGUUUUUAUUGACAGUAAGUAACUUUCUAAGUACCUAGAAUUUCAAUACAGCUAUUUUUUUAAGAAAAAGAUUGCUAUUUGCAUAUAACUCUUACCUCAGGCUGUUUUUUAAAGCUGGUUUUGUAUUUUGAUAAUCUUUUUGAAUUGGUUUAGAAAAAGGACUUUCAACGAGCAACUGAUGUUUCUCUGGUUAAUUUUCUGUAUAUGCUUGUGUACAUUUUAUAGUAUAGUUCUAAUGAUAUCACAAUUCUUACUGUCUGCAGGAAUUACUGCUGGGUCUUAGAAUAUUAACAUUCAUGUUCUACAUAUCAAAUAGUAACUGAACUUCUCAUAGGAAACUUCCUGUAUAUGCUUCAUUACUAAAGUGAAAUUAUUUGGUAAGCUUCAGGGGAGCUACGCUAAAGACAGGUGUACAGAAUUUCUUAAAAUCUGAAAUUGAGGAAGUAGAACAUGAACUUAUGUAAGUAUUUAAGAGAAACGUUUGAAAACACAAGAAUGUAUUUUUAGCCAGACUUCCAUGUUUUAGCCAUAGGAAGUCUGACAACUUAAAACUCAAGUGCCAAAUUUGAACUACUUUGACAACCCGGGGAUUUUUAUUCCAAUAAAGCUUUCUUAAAAAAAAAAAAAAAAGCCAAACACACAAAACCACACUCACCCACCCCACUGGCACUGCUACAAGAACAUUCAGCACUGGACAAGGUUAAACUGUAGCAAGCCUUGUCUGUCUCAGUCAUUUCUUACUCAAACCAAUGAAAAGAAGCUGUAGCCGUUGUACAAAAGCAUUUUCAAUCUGACUGGUUUCAUUACCUACAGCUGCUGUGCCUUCUCCACGGUCCUACCACUAGCAUUAACACAGCUGUGCAUCGAGGAGACUCUUACAAGCAGGAAUUAUCAGUCCUCUACAUACAGUAGUUAAUGCCAAGUAAAUUUGAAGUGUGAAGUUAUUUUGUGUAAGUCCUAUGCAAAUUGUUACCUCAUCUUCUGCAAAGUUUAUACCUCAAUAAAAUGCCUCAAUGUGGACAGAA